AUGUUAGGCGGAGUUAGUCGAAGGAGGAAGAGGAUGGCCGAGGGCUCGGGGAAGUUGGACGAAUUGUUCGACGCCCGUGACAGUAUCAAGGAUCGCUCUUACCGACGACCCGUGCGAACCUCGGAGAAGUACGAAGAUUCUAUGGAACCAGAUAGGAGAGUUACGCGAGGUAUGAGUAGGAACGGAGACAGGAUGGAGGAGAACGAGAGGAGGGCACUGGAGGAGCUUAGCAGAGCGAUGGGGCAGCAGCUUGGAGUGGAGGAUAGUGUGGGGGGAUCAAUUCAAGGAGAUGAGUUCGCUCCACCAUUACCUUCUAAUCCUCCUACACCUUCGGGUAAUGCCCUCCCACCUAUAGGAUCCCCAGUUGGAUCGGAUCAGACCCCGCGGCCAGAAAACACUGGAAGUACGGCGGACUUGAGAGAAGAAGGUACACAAGGGGUGAUAUUGGCCUUGAUGCAGAUGGUGGCGAAUAUGAACAAAGACAUGAUGGAAGAGAGAAGGCGUAGGGAGGAGUGGGAGCAGAGAAGAGAAAGGGAGACGAGGAUGGAGAGAAAAGAGGAGAAAAGAGGGGAAGGGAGGCAAACUUCGGCGCAGUCUGCGGUACAAGGGACUAUUACGUCGACGCAGGUCAAGAACAUUCCGUCCAAUGCCGACGAACUUCGCCGACAAUGGACUAGGCCACCUCCCGAUCUGCGGGAGGCAAGGAGGAAGGAAGGGAAGUGUAUUGAGUGCGGGGAGAAGGGACAUUGGUUGAGGGACUGCCCGGUGAGGGCAGCGAAGGUCAAGGUCGGAUGGUUGCCGCCGUGGGGGGAGAAGUUCGGCGAACGUGGUGGAGGAUCGGGGGGGAACGCAGUACCUCUAGGACAGAGGAGGAACUUGAACACAGUCGGGGGAGAUGGGGAGAUGGAAGAGGACCAGGGAAAAGAGGAGGACCUGUCGCAGUAG